AAGCCAAAUGCACCACUCAACCAAAGUUAAUAAUUUAGACAUUCUUGUUAGAGUCGAGUCGAGUGAGGAUGAAGGCAUCAUAUUCUUCCUACAUUGCAAUUGCAUUGUGCACUGUGUUGGUGCUGCUGCUGGCCGCAGCGCCGGUGUCAACGGCGGUAACAUGCAACGCCAUUCAACUUAGCCCCUGCGCCGGAGCAAUCACCUCUUCAACUCCACCGUCGACAUUAUGCUGCAGCAAGAUCAAGGAACAGAAGCCCUGCCUCUGCCAGUACCUCAAGAACCCUAACCUCAAGAAGCUUGUCAACACCCCAAAUGCGAGGAAAGUUGCCAGCACCUGUGGCACUCCCUUCCCUAAGUGCUAGAAUCUAUGAUGCAUCAUGCAGCCUCACACCUUGAGCCCUAUAUAUAUAUGUAUGUUAUAUUUCUAUGUUCGACAUGGAUAUGUGAUGCUUCUUGCUCAUUUAUUCCAUGUUUAAUGAAGAUUAGAAGGAGUUAACUUAUGCUUAAUUAAUUUGGUGUGUUCUAUUUUAUGUAUCUAUAUCUAUGAUGUACUUUCGGUGUGUGGUUUUAUCAAUAGUAGUGAUUGUAAAGUGCUACUUAUAUAUAUGAUGAGAAUUGGUAUUGGAUACGAGCUUA